AUGAACAGUGUCAUUUUCUUUAAAAGACAACUUUCUAUUUUCCUUUCUAUGUUUUAUUUAAUUUCAACUUAGAGAAUGCCUUGAUUUGUCAAUUAUUAAUUCAUGUCAAUUCAUAUUUCAAAUAUUGUUCAUUGAAAACCUAAAGGAAUAGCAUUGUUUUUGAUUUCUUUCAGAUUGAAGACAUCAAAUCGUCUAUUUCUUGAAGUGAGAAAUUGAAUUGAUUUCCAUUCUUAUAAAUCAAAAACUUAAGCUAUCUGGUUGAUAUUCGAAGGACUGCACUGGGAUUUCGAGCUAUAAUGACCACAUCCAUGAAAAUUUGCAUAGCUUUUGAAACAUCAAAUACUAAAGCGAAGAAAAAUAUAUUCAAGUUCAAAUGGAUUCAGACUACAGGAACGGAAACAUAUUAUGAGAUUCCAGAAGACAAACAGAAUCCACAUGACCAUCAUGAACUUUUUGCUCUACCGAAGGUGAAAAAUAUCUUGAAAUCAAUGAAAACAAGAGGUUCAUUUCGUACGUGUGUUAUUUCAUUGACUCCGGAAUUGAAAGGAAUAUAUUUUGAUGCCGAAGAAGAUGUGAUGUUUAGGGAUGAGUAUUUACAAAUGACUUAUUCACCUGCAUACGUGAAAACAGAAUUUGGAGGAGAACUAGCAGAAUCACGAAAUACAACAGAACUGUCCUCAGGCAAGACCAAGGAGAAUAAAAAGGAUUUCAAGAAGAUAAAGGACAAUUUUGUGCUGAAUAAUUUUGAUGGGAAGAAUGUUUCCGUGACUUUAUGGUUGAAGAAAUUUGAGUCGGAAUGCAUGCGUUGUGGAGUGGAAGAAGAUAUGGACAAAAUUUUGAUUUUACGUUUGUUUCUGGAUGGGAUAGCGAAAGAAUGGUUUGAUUCUAAAUUAAUUAUAUUAGGUUUGGAAACUGAUUUUCAAAUAUGGAAAAAUAACUGCUUAGAUAGUUUUUGUGAAACAAGUUGGCAUAAGCAUAGAGAGGCAUAUUCAUUUAGGUACAUAGGAGGAAGUUUAGUUGACUACGCUUUCAGGAAAGAAAAUUUGUUGUUGAAUCUCCGAAAUAAUUUUCCAACUGACAUAUUAAUUGACUUAAUUGUGACAAGUUUGCCAAAUUUUUUACAAGAUAGAAUUGAUCGAUCAAAUGUAACAACUUUUGAGAAAUUAUUAGGUGAGUUACGAAAGUUAGAAGGUUCAACAAAAUAUGAAAAUGCUCGAAAUACCAAAAAUGGCAAAAUGAACAAAUCGGCCGAACAACUUCCUUCACUAACAAAAGCAGAUAAGAAGGAACCAUGUUCAAUUUGUGAUAAAAAUGGUUUCCCAGGGAGAUUCCAUCCAGAAGCUCUAUGUCGGCUAAAGAAUAGGAGAUUUAAUUUUAAACAAGAGAACGUAUCCGGUAGCAUAAGAACGGUGAACAAUGUUGGGGUACAGGAUGAAUUAAAUGAGGCCAUUUCCGAUCAAAAAAACUAGUUUUGUUGCCAUUGAUCAAAUUGAAAGUGUUCGUAAAUGAAAAUGAAUUAUGUGGAAUUUAUGAUUCAGGCUCAAAUGUCACUCUUCUGAAUUCGAAAGUGGCAGAUGAGUUAUGUCUACACAUUCGAGAGGAUAGGAACACAUUCAAAACAGUCAAUGGCAGGGCAAAUUUUUCAGGAAAAAUAACUACAAAAAUGAGAAUCAAUGAUAUUGAAAAAGAAGUUGAGUUUUUUGUAAUUAAUGAUAAAAAUUUCGAGUAUGAUAUUCUACUCGGAUUAGAUUCUAUUUUCAAUUUUCAAUUGAAACAAGAUUUUGAUUUGAAAAUUUAUCAAAGAUUAGAGAUGAAUGAAGAGAGAAAGAUCGAUUCUUUCUAUAAUAAUAAUGAUAAUAACAAUUAUUACAAUAUCAACUUCAAUGAAGGUAUACCUACAGAACUUUUCGAAGCGAAAUUAGAACAUUUGACAACAAAUCA